UAUGUCACUGACAUCAUAAUUUAUCGUGUUGUGGACGUAGCAGCAGUAGAAAUAUCGCAUAUUAGGAGCUCAGAAUUGUGUUUUAUCGUUAAUUCAUUCCUCAGGAUCGUACUUCUGAGAUUCCUCUGUCGAUGUAAUUACAAGGCCAAUUAGACGAGAUGAGAAAUUAUCAAUUAUCAGAAAUUCCACCCGGAUUCUUUAAGAAACUGCACAACUUGGCUGAAAUUUCUGUAUGGGGUUGUUCUAUUUCUUCACUCGAAGAAGAUGUAUUUUCUGACUUAAUUAAUUUGAAAGACGUCGAUUUAGAUAACAACCAAAUUGAACAUCUCCCUCUAAAUCUUCUGAGAAAUAACAAACUCCUGACAAGAUUUUCCUGCUCAGGUAAUAGAAUAUCGACUCUUCCAACAGCCAUUUUUCAUGGACUUUCUAAACUGAGAUGGUUGAACUUGCGGGGAAAUCGGUUAGAAAAUCUUCCCGAAGUUAUUUUUAAUAAUUUGUCGUCGUUGCAUACUCUCAAGUUAUCGGAAAAUCGUCUCACAUUUGUACACGAAAACAUCUUCUUCCCAUUGACUAAUUUAACGCAUAUUGAUCUAUCUGACAACAAUUUAACUGACAUUAAUGGUGAGCAUCCUUUUGGCAGCAGCAAGCAUCUAAUUUAUCUGAAUUUAAAUAAUGCAGGUUUGACAAAAUGGCCGGUGAUUAACUGGACAGAAUACAACUUAACUAUAGUCGAUUUCUCAAAUAAUCGUUUCGAAACCGUCAAAUUGCCAACGUCCACACCAAGUCGGAUGCAAAUGGAUUUGUAUACAGUAACUGUAAAAUCAGAACAAUUUACAUAGAUGACAGGAGAUAUGGAUUUCAAAUGCCGACUUAUUAUUUAAACAAUAACGAAAUUACUUGUGACCACGAACUGCAGCAAUUUCUUUUUGCUCUUAAGUCAAAUAUGGAAGUGGCAAAGACAAUGUUUCCAGGAAUAGAGAACACGAAAUGUUACGGAGAAGAAAGAAAUUUGCUUGAUAACACAUCGCUCGUAGUCAUAGGAAAUUAUUGUCCCGUCAAUUGCGAAUGUUUUACAGAAGAAAAUCAGGUGAUUGUGAAUUGUUCCGGAAAAAAAUUCGAGAGAAUUCCAGAAUUUCUUGUCCCGAAUGCGACGAUUGUCGAUUUGAGUGAUAAUUUCAUAAAAGAUGUGUCAAAUAUCGAUGUUUUUACAUGGAAUAAAGUCACGCAUUUGCGUCUGAGUAAUAAUUCUAUAAGUAAUAUUCAUGAUUAUGUUCUUUUAUGAAACCUCAAAUGGCUCUGGUUGGACGGAAACCGGUUAACCGAAUUACCUGUCGGUUUAAUGAACCUGAUCGACGUUCUUUCAGAAAUUAAACUUUACUUAUCCAGAAACAACUGGACUUGCCAUUGCCAUUCGCAAUUUAGUAAAGACUGGUUGCUUAGAAACAGACAGAAGAUUGCAGAUUUCUCCAAUAUUUACUGUAGAAGAAAUUUCUCUUUUCUGUCUUUUAUCGAUAUUGUUUCCAAUGAUGAUUGCAUAGAAAUUCCAGAAGAUAAUUUGGCAUCUUUAGUAAAUGAUUCUUCUGUUUAUGGAUGGAAAAUCGCAGUGGCUCUUCUUAUUUCGCUAAUGUUAUUAGGUGUGAUUAUUGUUGUUUCCUUUGUUUAUUGUCGCAGAAAAGGAAAUGUCGAGAAAGUGUCAAAGCCUAAUGAAGAAGAAGUGAUUUAUUGCAAUGUUUACACUUGACGAAUUUUGUAAUUAAGACAAUUUAAAUAUCUACUUUUAUCAAUUUUAUCAGUAAUUGCCAAAAAAUUGUUAUUAUUUU